AUGUCUGAGAACCCGUCGGAUACAGAAGCGAUUGGUUACAAUGACGAGAGCGUUGACAGUGUCGGAGAACGUGGACGGCACCCUUUGACUGUUGUGGGUAUGGCUGGCGAGUUCGAGGGAUUUUUGGAGCUCUAUGAUCAGGAUGACGACACCGCCGCCGGCUUGAGUUUCAUGGAGAUCGCAGACGGCCCUGAGGAUGCGCCGGCGGGCGAGCCGGCACUGGCCCAAGCACCAGUGCAGGAACCCGCUGCUGUGCCUGCACCGGCGGAAGCCCCGCAGUCGGGAAAGCCUUCCAAGAGUCUCAUCAGUUUCCGCCGCAAAACGGCUACUAGCGCUGCCCCGGCAGCCGCUCCGCCUUCUAAUCCGCUGGGAUUCUUAGGCUCAAUCUUCAAGCCUACGUUCAAACCCGGUAAGAAGUACAAAUUCCGCAACGUCAACAUGGAGCUGGUUGACACUCACCUCGACUUGCUGGAUCCCAACGGCGUCAUUCAGGGCCGUUUCACGAUGAGCGAUGAGGACAGCCACACGCUGUCGAUUCUGACUGCUUUGAAGCAGCGGAAGUUCACCAAGUGUGACGUGAAAUGGGUGCCUGCACCCAAAGGAUCCAAGGAUGGCAUGGGUCACAUCCAGUUCGACUGCAAGACCAAGGUGCCCGCCGUGGGUUACGCCGGCCAGAUCCCGAUUGCCGUUUACGUGACCGGCCUGAGCAAAGAGAAGCAUCAGAAGAUCUACAUCAACACCGACGGCCUGAACUUCCGUCGCGACUUUGAGGAUAUUGAUCAGAUCCGUUACGCAAUUUUGCAGGCCCUGGGCAUAGACUUGGACCACCAGAUCACCAUCACCGAGGUGAACGGCCACCACUACAAGGACGACGCGUCGACGUACCAAGCCAUUGCGAAAUUGGUGGAGUCCGGGGGCACGAUCAUCAAGGUGACGGUGAAGCCGAUGAUCCGCCUGGAGGCGAACGUGCAGGAACCGUACUCGCCCACGUCGGAGAACUUCAACCAUGAGCUUGGCAACAUGACCAUCGACGAUUACGUGAAGACGCUCAAGAACCGGAAGAAGCUGUCCCAGCUCGCUCACGACAGCCUCGGUGAGAACGCGGAGGGGUUCACCUUGGUGGGCAUCAACGAGCUCCACGAGGGGUCUAAGGGGUUCAACGGCAAGAACCCCUCCAAGAUGCCGAUCGAGAUCGAUGAGAAGCUGACCUUCAUGCCAGACGUGACGGUGCGUUUCAACUACCUGGACAGCUUCGUGGCCAGCAAGAGCUUUGCCGUCCACACCCCCGCUGCCGAGGUGGUGACCCUGGGUCGUGACAUAGUGCGGAAGGCGCGUGGCGGCAAGGACAAGAACGCGUACCGCGUGUACGCGUACUCUUUGCCCGGCUGCCCCAUGGAGGAGCCCGACCUGUACGAGCUGAUGAAGGUGCGCAAGAACCUGACCAUCGAGCAGCUGCCGUUUGGCGAGGCGUGUUCGAACCGCCGCACGCACACGAUCGACUUCUUCUACCUGAACAGCAAGCCCGCGAACUACGUUUUCGAUGUCGACUUGACCAACCCCGACGGUACCCGGACGGAGACCAAGCGCAUUACUGUGAAGUACAUGGACGACAGCGACAUGUCCGUGCUGAAGGACGCGAUCGUGAGGGAGUUCGAGAAGGCCGGUUACCUGAUUACGCCUGACGACCUGACCUUCGUGAACGUCGUGCGCUCCGAUGGCGGCGACCUGACCGACAAGACCAGGAUUUCGAGUUUGGCUGACAUCCCGAAGGAGCAGAUGCUGGGCCACAUUUCUCACCUAACGUUGCAAGCCGACCCGCACCUUUUGGGUUACUUCACCGAGAACGACGGUAAGCGCGACACCUUCGAUAUCAAGCUGUCGACGACGAAGCCGUCAGCUGCCGACAUCAGGAACGCGUUCGAGAAUGAGCUCCACAUGCGCAACUUUCUGCGUCCCGACGAGAACCUGCACACCAAGAUCCGCUUCCACCCGCUGGACGACAAGCGGAAGGUGCUGCUGAACAUGUUCGUCAACCCCGAUGACCAGGGCCACUUCCCCGCCGGGACUAAGCUGCGGGGCAUGGCGGCUGAGGCCGACUCGCGGUACGAAUUCCCCGUUCGGUUCACCAACGACGACGGCAAGGUGCACCAGUUCUCCGUGCACGUGCCGUACGGCGCCAGCCAGCAGCAGAUCGAGGACCUGAUUGCGAAGGAGAUCGAGCGUCGCAAAUACGGCGAGCGUCCGCGUGAGAUGUUCAUCCGCAUGAAGGGCCACGCUGACGACGGGCUCGACGGCCUGUGGGACAACAAGGUGAGCGACGGCAUCGAGUUCGACGUGGAGCCGGCGCGUCUGCUCGACAUUGGCGGUGUCAUCGACGACAUCCCCACCAAGUUUUCGAUGAAGAUCCACCCGCACGAGGGCCGGGACGAGUUCGAGCGCGCCAUCCGCCGCAACCUGAUGCAGGAGCCGCAGCUGGAGGUCAAGUUCCGCAACGACCCGAACCGCAUCAACGACAUCUCCACGAUGGUCAUCAACGAGCGCGGCCACCCGUACAGCGACGAGGACUUCGCGCACGACCUGUACAACGACGUGCGUAAGGUGCGCGUCGGCAUAUCCGACCACCCGCUGACGCUUGUCUGGCGUGACCCGCUGAGCGGCAAGGACAGCACGUUCUGCUUCAGCCGCACGGCUGCUGGCGCGUGCCGCGGCGCGCCCGUCCACAUCUUGGCGAAGCUGACGUUCCAGCAGCUGUCCGAGAUUCUGCGCAACGCCAUCCGCUCGGAGAACCGCGAGCUGUACGAGGAGAUGGUUGCGCUGCCGCGCAAGGACGCGCAUCUGACGUCCGCCAUGAAAAUGUCGGGCGUAACUCUGGUCGGCGGCCAGUACAUCCCGACUCCCGACGUGGACCUGGGCGACUCCGCGGCGACUGUGGAGCACCUGUAUGGUCUGAAGCUGUCGCACAUCGGCUCGUUUGUGUUUUCGCUCAUGAACAAGGAGGAGCUGCAGCGUCAGCAGGGCCGGCUGAACGGGGGCCCGCGCAACAUCCGUCUGUCCAUGCAGAAGCACGGCGCCGAGCCCGAGUCGCACGUCGUGAUGGCCGACGACAUGGGCCCGCAGGAGCUGCGCAAUGUGAUCAACAAGUACUUCCGCGGCGUGGACGACGGGUCUCAGCUGGAGGGCCUGACCAUCAACGGGGAGGAGUACAAGGGCCAGCCCCUGUCCUAUUUCCUGAACAAGGCCGGCGACAAGAACAUGCCUCUGAAGCUCGACUUCAGCGUUGCGAACGACCGGAAGCGCGGCGCGGUGCCGUCCAUUAUGAACGUCCGCAUCCAGCCGAAGUACGACGAGACCCUGCGGAACUACUUCGACCGCGCCAUGGAGGAGCCCAACGACUUCGGCCUGUCGCCCCUGCACUCGUACUCCGUCGAGUGCGUGGACGCCACCGGCAAGCGGCUGCACGUGGACGGCAUCCUCGACCGCCCGGUGAGCUCGCUGGGCAUGUGCAGCGAGCUGAAGAUCCACCCGAAGUCGCAGGGGCGUGCGCGCGAUGGCGGCCGGCUGUACGAUAUGGAGCCCGAGCAGAAUAUGGAGGUGCACACGUCCAUCACCCUGGACGAGAACAAGGACAGCACGAGCAGCUUGAACCGUCAGCUGCGUAACUUCCUGAUGGAGCUGCCGGACGACGACGUGAAGCACGUGUCCAUCCUCAUCGACGACAAGCCCGUGAAAUGCUCGCUGUCGUCGCUGCGUGAGGCGUACAUGAUCCGUAACCUGACUGUUGACAUGCUGCUUUCGAUGUGCAACAUGGACUCGCGCCAGGCUAAGCCCAGCGUUUUCAAGAUAAACUGGGAAGCCCCCAACGGAGGCGAGGAUUCGGCUGGCAGUGCGAAGACCCGCAUAUCCGUGAACGCGGAAGGCGCCCCGCUGUGUUACUUCACGCUCCACAAGGGCCAGCACGACGUGGGCGUUGGCUCCACCGUGCCGAUCACGCUGGGCACCCUGAAGUCGCCCCUGAAGGAGUUCAACGCCAAGCUGUCGUCGAUGUUCGGCGAUACGCUGUCGCACAUCAACAACCUGCGCAUGUCCGUGGUGCGCAACGGUCUGCUGUCUCCGUGCAAGUCGGAGGGGUGGAUGAAGAACCUGGAGGAGUUCAAGAAGGCUACGCUGCAGUCCGUGUUCCAGAUGUGUGGCAUCCCCGUCGCCAUCCCCGAGGACAACACGUUUUACCACUUCCGGCUCACGAUCCCGUUCGGCGAGGACAUGACUUACACGUCUGGCGUGAGCAUGGGUGGGAGCGUCCCGGUGGAGAUGUUCUACAAGGACGACGACGAGUUUUCUGCGGUGCACUACAACGAGGACCUGCGCGUGCCGCUGUACGACUACCUGGAGAAGCAGCCGGACGUGGACCUGGGCAACCUGGACCGCUACGUUCUGAAGGUGAGGGGCGAGAACCCCGCCAACGAGACGGUGGGGCGCACGUACAAGCUGGACCACCUGCCGUCUGACAUGACGCUGUCGAGCGUGUUCCCGCACACUCCGAUGAACAACAUCGUGUUCGAGAUCGAGGACACCGGCGACCCGUACAACUCGUCUGGCAGCUGGAGCACGGGCAUGUCGUACCCCGUGAACGACUACAAGAACAACUUCGACGCGAUAAAGCAGCAGCUGAUUUUGAACUUGAAGUCCAUGCACGGCAACUCGCUUUCGAAGCUGAACGGGUACAACGUGAUGGUGAAGAUCAACGGCCAGAAGCACGAGUGCCGCAUCAAGAGCCUGGCUGACCUGGAGCGCAUGGACUUCGGGGAGUUCAGCCGCAACUGCGUGAACGUGGAGCAUGUGCAGAACAACCCGUCGAUGAACUUCAACGUGUCGUACGAGAGCGGCCGCGGUGAGCCCGAGAUAAACCUGUCGUGCAUCUGCGGCGACUACGACACGAUGCAGGCGUUCAACCUCAAGCCCGGCGACGUGAUCCCGAAGGCGCUGAUCGAGAAGCUGACCAAGAAGUACACCCCCAAGGACCUGGAGAGGGCGCAGUGGGGCAUCAUGAUCAACGGUGUCCAGGGCAACUGCCACGUGGACAACAUUUCCGCGCCGAUCUACCUGUCCGAGCUGCUGGAGAACUGUGGUGUCGACGACACCCACUCGCGCCACUUCGACAUCACGCUGCACGACUUCGCGGUCGACAAGGCGUUCGUGAACAAGGUGGCCAAGGAGAACAUGACCGCGAACGGUGGCAAAGGCCAGGGAGCUGCUGGUCAGAGUGUUGUCAUCAGCGGAGGCAAAGGCCAGGGAGCUGCUGGUCAAAGUGUUGUCAUCAGCGGUGGCAAAGGCCAAGGAGGUGCUGGUCAAGGUGUUGUUGUCAGCGGAGGCAAAGGCCAGGGAGGUGCUGGUCAAGGUGUUGUUGUCAGCGGAGGCAAAGGCCAGGGAGGUGCUGGUCAAGGUGUUGUCAUCAGCGGCGGCGUCAAAGGCCAGGGAGGAGCCGCUCGUGGUGGAACCGGCGCUGAAGGCGGCGCUGUAAACGUAACGAUGCAGGGCGCCGAGUCCGAGGGUGACUUCUCGCCGCUGCUGUUCCAGGACCACACGAUGCGUGCGCCGAACGAGUUCGCCAACGUGCACCCCAACGUCUUCGUGAACAUGCCGCAGGAUUACAAUGGGCCCCAGGUGAACGUGGACGGCAGGAAGAGCAUCAACGACUACGUGCGGGAGAUCGUGAUGGACGAGAACAACGUGCAACCGGGCGUGCCGAUGAACAUCCGCGUGAACACCAACGGCCACCAGUACAACCUGAACGACAUCCCCAUGGACGACCUGAAUUACCCGUCCGGUUACAUCAACGGCAACACGUCCAUCAACGUGCGCCCCGACACCAGCGGCAGCCUGCCCGGCACGGUCAGGACGUUCCAGCUGCCCGAGACGGACAAGCCACUUUCGUCGUACAUGAACCUGCUGCACAAGCGCAUCCCCGACAUGGAGAACAAGCGUCUGAUGCUGGUGGGCAACAAGACGAUGCUCGACGAGGACCGCAUCCCCGCGCACCUGAUGAACAAGCCGAUGAGCGAGCUGCGAAAGGAGGGGUUCGUGGUGUCGCUGGUGAACGACCCGCAUGACCUGCACCCGUCCGGUGCCGUGAAGGUGAACAUCCUGUCCAGGGACGGCUUCAGCAGCAGCGCCACCAUCAACGACCUGCAGGAGCCGCUGCGGAACGUGUUCGCGAAGAUCGGGGCGUCCGACGUGGACAUGAAUGCCCUGGCCGGCGCGCAGUUCAAGGUGGUGAUAGACGGCAUCGAGAAGACGUGCAACCUGCCCAAGCUUGACCGUCUGCUGACGUCCGUGUCCAUGCAGGACAUCCUGUACACCUGCGGCAUCAGGGACUUCAACCACUCGCACGACUUCACGCUGUUCUUUGACAGCCUGCUGGGCGGCGAGACCGGCGACCAUCGCACGCCGUUCAAGCUCGAGGUCGACCUCGAUAACAACGUGGACAGCACCAAAAACGUGGACUACUCCACCGGUGUGGAGCUGAGUGGCGGCGCGCUGGACUUCCUCAAGUCGAAGCCGAACAGCCACAUCUUCUUCGACAUGGAGGGCAAGGGCUUCCGUGAGUUCGUGGAGGUCGACACCGAGAAGUUCCGCCAGCUGCUGAAGGCCCACCCGAGCGUCGUCGACCUGCUUCUGCGCAUGGGCAUCCCGCAGGAACACCUCGGUGGCGUCGACUGUCUGAAGAUCAUUCUGUCGACCCUGUCGCAGGUGCUGCAGGGCCACCAGCAGUACGCGGUGAACAACGGGAAGGAGCAGAGCGGUUUCAAGCUGGACGACCCCAUCAGCAAGUACCAGUCCAUCGCCGACUUGGCGGCGAUCCUCAAGGAGCGUCCCGAGCAGGACGCGACGGUUUCCGUGGAGCUCGCCAAUGGCAACACCAAGGAGUUCGUGGUGUCCAACCGCGAGUUUUUGCACGCGUUGCACGGCGGCUUGAGCUUCAAGACCGUCGCUCUCUGGGGGCUGUCGCAGCAGGAGGCGGAUCAGAUAACGCGCAUCCACUUCAACACCGCGCCUUUCGGAGGGGCGCCCGACCAGCUGCCCGAGGAGGCACUGACCGCCGAAGGCGGCGCCGUAAAGGAAGCCGAAAAGGCUCCGGCCCCCGCCGGCCGCGGAGGCUCGCUCAACGCGGGUGUCAUAACGCCCGACACCCUGCUGCGAAGCGUGGGCGUGAUUUCCAAGGCUAUGAAUGAGCAAGAUCGCAACGUGAAAUUCGUCGUCCGCACGCAGGCUGGGGAGACGUUCGACAUCGUGGUGAAGGGUUCCAUGCUGAAGGACAACUCCAAGCACGGCCCUAAGAUUAUCGAUUUGUUGUCGUACUUCCUGCCGGAGAAGACGAUCUCCACCAUCGCCGCCGUCUCCGUGCAGCUGGUGAAGGACACGAGCCGCUUCUUCGUGCCGCUGAAGACGCACAAGCCCGUGGUGAUGCCGAUAAUGGCGGCUGACGUUCCCGAGGAGUGCGACAUCCAGGAGUUCAAGAACUCGUGGAACCCCCCGGAGACCACGUACAGGCGGCUGACGUUGCAGGAGGCCAUCGACAACUACCGCUCGCACUUCAAGGUGAAUGGCGACGCGGUGGUCAAGGCGGCCUACCUGCUGCGCAAGGAGCCCGGUAACAACAUCUCCGCGGAGGUGCUGUUCGACGAGGACCACCCGGCUGACGACGGCAAGCUGAAUCGCAAGAUCGGUAAGGACGUUGAUAGCGGCAGCACUAUUUUCGUCCGCUUCAAGUCCUCGGGCGAGCUUGCCCCCUGA